AUGAACAGAAAUCGCCAAGGUAGAGAUCGUCGCAAUUACGGAGGUGGAGGCGGAGAUGGACUCUUGGGGGAAGGCCCUGGUAUGGGUAGUUUGUUUGAGCCAAUGGGCAACCCCCAGGUGAAUCAGCUGUUAAUUGCCCAGCAACUGUUGCAACAACAAGCUGCCCUGGGUGGAGCUGGUGGCUAUGGAGGCGACUAUGGUGGGCUCGGAGACAUGGGAGGGCUUGGUGGUAUGAACUACCUCCAACAAGGAAUGGGCUAUGGAGGAUACAGUAAUGAUCGCAAGAGAUCUGGCGGGCAGAGCAGAGAUUCUGACUACAAGCGGAGGAGACGAGAUUCAUCUGGGAGAAGUGAUCGAGAUCGUUCUCGUGGCCGAGACAACAACAGGAGCAGUGAAGGCAAAGAUAAAAAUCGUUCUAAUCGUUGGGAUUCAGACAAGGAUCAAGAGGGAGAAGAGAAGACUGGAGAUAACUAUGAUCCAGCAGAGCCAACAGAAGAUGAUGGACAAAGCAAGGACAAAGAUGGCAACUUGUAUUGCCAUGUGUGUAAUGUAUCUGUGUAUGAUGAUGAGAGUUUCCGUCGGCACUUGAAUGGCAUGAAGCACACCCAGCGCAUGAACAGCCUGCUGACAGUGCACCAGAUGAAGAGCAACCAGCUUAAAUCUCGCAUCAGGGCAGAGGAACAUUUGCGCAAAAUUGAGGGCAAGAAUUCUUCUAGUGAUCCAGACUUCUUCUGCAAGAUUUGCAACAACAGUCUGACUAUCCCGUGGGAGAGACAUCGGUUCUCCAACAUCCACAAGCAACGUCAGCUGCAGGUUAAAAGAGGCUGUGGAUGGUGUAAGGUGCAUGACUUCAGCAACUUCACAGAGGUUCUAGAGCAUCGGGAAACUGAAGAGCACAAGAAGAAUGCUGAUAUCUAUGGCAAGAAGAGGGAUGACAGAUCCAGAAUUUUUUUUUAUUCUAUCUUACAGGACAAUUCUGAUACGGAGGAUCUGGAUAUUCCAGAGUUUAAUGCAGAGAAUCCAGUUGGUGUGAAGUAUAUCAUUCCGGUGACUGGGUACUUCUGUAAGCUGUGCCACAAGUUUUACAACAAUGAGAAGUCUGCCAAGGGCUCCCACUGCCAGAGUGAGACUCACUAUGAGAAAUUUAAGGCCGCUACAGAAGAGAAGAUAGCUGCUCGCGAAAAACGUCUGGCUGAGAAAGCUGCUGCUGCUGAAGCGGCUGCCUUAAAAGCUAAGGAAGAGGAAGAACAGUUGAAAGAAGACGUUAAAGAUGAGGAGAUGGAGGACACUGAAGCUGCUAGUAGCAAGCAGCCUGCAGAUGAUGGUCAUGACUACAAUGAUGAGCUUCCAUUAGAGGAUGUCGACAAUGAAGGCGGGCUGACCAAGGAGGGGGACUACAGCCUGGGCUACUACGGCACAGCUGAUCAGAGCCACAAUGACACACACUUUUUUUUGGAUUUUUCCGGGAUUAUUUUGUACACCAAUUUUUCGAAUGCAACAAGGAGGGACAUAUUAUUCAAUUUCCACGGGCACAGCUUUCACUUUCUGCAGCACAAAAACAUCCUGCAUAACGCCAGGAGUCAUUAUGUUCACUGUUUUAUAUUAGCAAGCAUUCAUGAUUUUAAUUAUUUGCUUUCACAUUUAGACAUUGGGUGGGGAGGAGGAGGAUCAUUUAUACUUACACACAUUUACCUGAAUAGUUACAAAAGUUUGGAGUCUUUUGGAACUCAAGAUUCAGCUGAUGUGAAUGCAAGCAGUUUGGAGGAUGCUGCCAUUGAUGUGUCUACACCAGCUGCCAAGGAUAAGAAAGACACUGAUGAGGAGGACACUGAUGAAGAUGCAACUCCAACAGUAACCCCUAAGAAGGCCAGGGGUGGCACCGCCAGAAGGGGGCGUGGCAGGGGCAGAGCUAGAAAGUGA